UAGCAAUGGAAUUAAAGCAAUCUCUAUCUGUCCAUCUGGAAGCUGAGAAGCCUCUGAGGCGUUAUGGGGCGGUGGAGGAGACAGCAUGGAAAGCAGAGCGACUGGGAAGCCAGCUGGACAUCAUCUCCAUGGCUGAGACCAGCAUGAUGCCAGAGGAGAUCGAGCUGGAGAUGGUGAAAAUCCAGCGUCUCCGUGAAGUCCUGGUCCGUCGAGAGUCAGAACUCAGGUUCAUGAUGGAUGACAUUCAGCUCUGCAAGGACAUCAUGGACCUGAAGCAGGAGUUGCAGAACUUGGUCGCCAUCCCAGAAAAAGAAAAAACCAAGCUGCAGAAGCAGAGAGAGGAUGAGCUAAUCCAGAAGAUUCACAGACUGGUGCAGAAGAGAGACUUCCUGGUGGAUGAUGCUGAGGUGGAACGGUUAAGGGAACAGGAAGAAGACAAGGAAAUGGCUGAUUUCCUGAGGAUCAAGUUAAAACCUCUAGACAAAGUAACCAAAUCUUCAGCUAGCUCCCGGGCAGAGAAGAAGGCAGACCCCCCACCUAGCAAGCCAACAGUGGCCAAGACAGGCCUGGCACUCAUCAAGGAUUGCUGUGGGGCCACCCAGUGUAGCAUCAUGUAA